AUGGGCCUAUUGCCACUUAGCGGGCCUCUUGUCACUAAGUCCAGUUUAGUUUAUGAUUACCAACCACCUCUCUCUCAACCCUUUAGGCAGUACUACCUUGGCCCAUUUACAGUCUCUCUCAACAUCAUUAGCCCAGACUAUCAUGCCGAAGGAGAGAGGCAACCAGGUGUGGAGAAUUUCUACAGGAUCAACCACAUCAACCAGAACUAUGACUUUGUGAAGAGAAUGAGAGAAGAGUACGGCAAGUUGAAUAGGGUGCAGAUGAGCAUAUGGGAAUGCUGUGAACUUCUAAAUGAUGUUGUAGAUGAGAGUGAUCCGGACUUGGAUGAACCUCAAAUUGAGCAUUUGUUGCAAACAGCUGAAGCCAUAAGGAAGGACUAUCCCAGUGAAGAUUGGCUCCACUUGACUGGCCUCAUCCAUGAUCUUGGAAAGGUGCUUCUUCAUCCAAGCUUUGGUGAGCUUCCCCAAUGGGCUACUGUAGGUGAUACAUUUCCUGUUGGAUGUGCUUUCGACGAAUCAAUUGUCCAUCACAAGUAUUUCGAGGAAAAUCCAGACUAUAACAAUCCUGCUUACAACACGAAAUAUGGAGUUUACUCAGAAGGAUGUGGAUUGAACAAUGUCAUGAUGUCAUGGGGACAUGACGAUUACAUGUAUCUGGUUGCCCUGGAGAACAAGAGUACUCUGCCUCCGGCAGCUCUUUUUGUCAUCAGAUACCACUCAUUUUAUGCAUUACACAGGUCAGGAGCAUAUAGACACCUGAUGAAUGAGGAGGAUGUUGAAAAUCUGAAGUGGCUCCAAAUAUUCAACAAAUAUGAUCUUUACAGCAAAAGCAAGGUUCGUAUCGAUGUUGAGAAGGUCAAGCCAUACUAUCUCUCCCUUAUUGAGAAGGUCCAUCAUGGUUACUCUUCUGAUCAUUGCUAUGGUUCUGGCCCCAACGAUUACCUUGUGCCUUGUCUCGAUCUACUCUCAGAGUAUUUAAUGAACGAACUUCUUGAAGAUGAAGUUGUGACUGCAGGUGCUAGAGUAGUACGAGUGACAAGAGAUGAAGAGAGAAAGAGACUCUCUGUCGGUUUGUUCUUUGUUGCGAGCUUCAACUUCAUGAAGACGAAGUUGCGACUGCUGGAGUACUGGAGUAGUAAUGUAGUUUGA